AGUUUCUUCCGUACGUAAAAGUUAAGUUUGGGGGCUAAGGCAGAACAACAAAUUGUUUAGGUCAAUCUAGAGAGCUUAAGUCAAACAUGAAGAGGUUUAUUUUAGUUUGUUUCGUUGCGUCAGUUUGUGCCGUAACCCACCCACCGUGUACCAAUGAUGGGGAGUGUAUCCGGUGGAUUACAUGUGACCCAUAUACCCAUGCCAUCUGUGACUACAAAACAGGAGACUGCCACUGCCGAGAUUGGUUUUUCGAAAGGGACUCAGUCUCAAAUGCCCAGUGCAAGACCAAUGAACAUUGUAAACAAGCUAAUGUCUGUGCUAAUCCUAAUGACGCUGUUUGUGAUGAGGCCUCUGGCGAGUGCUACUGUGAAGAUAUCCCAUGCGCCUACGACUACGAAUGUAUUGAAAAGUGCGGGACAGCUGGGAAAAUUGACGUCUGCUGUCACCAUGAUUUCCGGUGUCACUGCAAUACUUCAUGCACGGGUGACUUCCUGUCAGAAGCCAAAUGUUUCAGAAAUGAAGAUUGUGUACAGUGGAAUAUAUGUCCGAACCCGGCUGAAGCCGUGUGCCAGGUUUUGUCAGGUCGAUGUUGGUGUGAAGGAGACACUGACUCACAGAUUCCGUGCCAGAGUACUGUCGACUGCGUAGACAUGAACACAUGCCAAAACCCUAAUGACGUCUUCUGUGAUGUGUCCCUGGGAGAGUGUCAAUGUAGAGGUGCAAUCAUUCCAGCCAAAAUCUUGUCUCCUUUGAUGUGUACAACUAACUCAGAAUGUGUUUACCUCAACGAUUGCUCUAAUCCUAUGGAUGCUUUCUGCGACGUGUCAAUGGGACUCUGUCAUUGCAGGGAUGGUCUUCCUGGCGAUGUUUAUGGUGCAGGUGUUUCCAGGGGAGGCAACGCCAAAGGUGAUGUUUCCGGAGGAGUUAUGCAGAGUGAUAGGAGUGCCAGUGGUAGAGGUUCCAGUAGCUCUGUUUCCAGUGGUCUAGGUUCCAGUAGCUCUGUUUCCAGUGGUCUAGGUUCCAGUAGCCCUGUUCAUAGUAGAAGUGGUUCCAGUAGCACUGUUCCAAGUGGUAGAGGUUCCAGUAGUACUGUUCCAAGUGGUAGAGGUUCCAGUAGUACUGUUGCAAGUGGUAGAGGUUCCAGUAGUACUGUUGCAAGUGGUAGAGGUUCCAGUAGUACUGUUGCAAGUGGUAGAGGUUCCAGUAGCACUGUUGCAAGUGGUAGAGGUUCCAGUAGAACUGUUCCCAGUGGUAGAAGUUCUGAUGGAGACGGAGGUGUUCCCAACAAUGGUAUUUUCAGUGGCUACGGUCCCAAAAACCCAAAACUGCAGUCAUCGUGUAAACUGAAGGACGACUGUAUCCGAUUGAAUAUCUGCCCACUGCCCAAUGACGUUUUCUGUGACGUGACUUCAGGGCAAUGUCUAUGUCAAAGUGAUGUCCAGCAAGGGAAUGUCCAGUCCACAUCUUCAACGUCCUGUAAAAGAACAACCGACUGUGUUCAAAUGAAAGCGUGUCCGAGUCCUAUUGGGGCUGUGUGUAACAUUUCGACUGGCCAGUGUCUAUGCCGAGGCGGACUGGACAGGCUGGUUCAAGAAUCCGACAGACAAAAUCCUAGAGCCUGUAGAAUGAACGCAGACUGUUUUCAGAUGAAUGCCUGCCCUAAUGGUGUCAAUGCCCUCUGUGAUUUAUCGUCUGGAAUUUGUCAGUGUCAAAGUCAAGUUCCAGUGUCAAGGAACGCAACUCAGACGUGCCGCACAGCAGACGACUGCUUCCAGGUGAAAUUCUGUGCAGUCCCGACAGAUGCAGUAUGUCGAUCGGGGAAAUGUGAAUGUCAAGUCAAGCCUUAGUAUUCAUCCAUAAAUUUUAAACAGCCUGUCAAAGAAUCAUCUCUACUCGAAUCUUCUUGGAAUGAUUAUAGAUCUUCAUAAUGACAAUUUGCAUAAAAAUCUGCUUAUAUGUAUAUACGAUUUGUUUUGAAAUAAAUAAAUUAAU